AUGUCAUCUGAGAACCCUGCUUGGGAUUUCAGAGAGUUUUUCUUCCACCUGUAUGAAAAAACCGCCGAAAUCACUGUCAUAAGCAAAGGCAACUGUCUCGAGUUAGAUCCCGCGAAUUUCAUCCAUUCUCCAUCAUCCCUACAAACCUACAUGGGAUUUACGGCCUCCAUCUGCAAUGAUGAAGACUACGACCUUACUCAAGAAGAAGAUCUUCACACUUGGACGUUAACCCCCUUCCUCACCAUUUUCCCCAACAUUGACCCCAACCCAACAGCCACGACCAAAAGGCCUAGACUGAGAGACUUCACACUCCACCCGAACUGGCACAAACUAAGGCCCGAGAACAUCCAACUCCCCGGCACCGAUACCAACGAACUUUACUCCCGACCGCCAAGGAAAGUCCUAGCUGCCAAUACCACCUGUUUUUUCAAACAAAUUAAGCCCGAAUGUAAUUUUUGUACAUUACAAUAUGCGUUGGGACCUGAAACCUCCCUUGAGCUGCGAAAACAAUGGGAUUCCCAGGUGACAAGUACCUUGGAUGGCUUGCAUGAAGCCGGGAUUAAUGCGUGGAUUGUUGAUUUCUGGGGUGGAUAUACACGAGGUUGGGUGGAAAUGUGUCGUAUGGAGACGGUUGAAGGUGAUCGGGAGGGGAUCGCUAAGAUUAGGGAGAUCUUGUAUCAGGGAAAGAUUUCUUGA